UCCGCCCCAUGACGCGCUCUUUGUUGAUACUGGCUGCACACGGCAGUGCGGCGCUGUGGAGUGUGCGGUUGUGCAGUGAAGAGCGCUUUUAUUAUUGUUUGUGUUUGCUUGUGGAAAGUGUCGUUUGGUGGGGGUUUGCUGCAUUAGUAGGAGAGAGAGGGAGGGCGAGUUAAAAUAAAGGCACCUCGGCUUAAGCUUUAUUUUGUUUAUAUACUAGUACAGUGCAGUCCAAACUCGUGACCGAUUGCUGCCAUCAUAGACGGUACAAUAUAAUCCACUAUUCUGGCUGCAGGCUCAAGCCAAUGAGUACACGGAGCAGAAUCGACAACAAAGGCUGAUCCAUUGAAUCCAGAUCUUUUUAAUUUAAUUUUAUUUUAUUUAUUUAUUUAUUUGUUUGUAUUUCUGUGCAGUUGGGUUUGUAUUAUGGAAUGUGUUGCUCGUCAAAUAGUAUCGCAGGACAUCUGAAAUUUGCAGUGAACGACUGACUGAAUCAAGUGAUAAGAGCUCGUCUUAUUUGUUUUCAGAAAAAUACAUUGCGUGCUGAGAUUUAGUACUUGGGACUGAUUUAAGAUAUUGUUUUUAGAAAUAGGUUUCUUUUUUAAAUAAUUUGGUCGUUAUUUCGUAUUUAUCUUAAGCUAUGUGCUGUCAAAUGUGCUUGGUCAUUUUUUAACAAUAACAAUACCAAGGUGAUGUUUGAUUCGUCUUUGACUGCGUAUCACGUCUAUAUUCACCUCCAUCAUCACCACAAGUCUUUUGUACUGCCGUCGUUACGGGCAUAAUCUGGACUCCUUUUUUGACGGAUCGGAUGUUUUCGUUUUGGAUUUGAUGUGUUUGUAAUAUAAAAUACCUGUGUGAAGAUGUGGGUUAAUCCUGACGAAGUACUGUUGGCGAACGCUCUCUGGAUCACCGAGAGAGCCAAUCCCUACUUCAUACUGCAGAGGAGAAAGGGACACGGAGAAGGGGGAGGAGGAGCAGGAGGACUCGCUGGGUUGCUGGUGGGAACCCUUGAUGUCGUCUUGGACUCCAGUGCCAGAGUUGCUCCCUACAGAAUCCUGUACCAAACCCCCGACUCCCUUAUAUACUGGACAAUUGCCUGCGGCGGCUCUCGGAAGGAGAUUACAGAACACUGGGAAUGGCUGGAACAGAACCUGCUGCAGACUCUGUCUAUCUUUGAGAAUGAGAAUGACAUCACCACAUUUGUUAAAGGAAAAGUUCAGGGUAUCAUAGCGGAGUACAAUAAGAACCAUGACAUCAAGGAGGAUGAUGACACUGACAAGUUCAAGGAAGCCAUCGCUAAGUUCUGCAAACUGUUUGGGAUGCCAGAGGAGGAGAAGCUGGUCAACUACUACUCAUGCAGCUACUGGAAGGGCAAGGUGCCACGGCAGGGCUGGGUCUACCUCAGCAUCAACCACCUGAGUUUCUACUCCUUCCUGCUGGGGAAAGAAGCAAAAUUAGUGAUCCGGUGGGCAGACAUCACACAACUGGAGAAAAAUGCCACCCUGCUCCUGCCUGAAAUCAUUAAAGUCAGCACCAGGUCCAGUGACCACAUAUUCUCUGUCUUCCUCAACAUUAACGAGACAUUCAAAUUGAUGGAGCAGCUGGCCAACAUCGCUAUGAGACAGUUGCUUGACAACGAGGGCUUUGAACAGGACAGGUCUCUACCUAAACUGAAGAAAUCCCCCAAGAAAGUGUCUAUACUCAAAAGGGACCUUGAUGCAAGAGCCAAGAGCGAGCGGUACAGGGCCUUGUUCCAACUGCCCAAAGACGAGAAGCUCGAUGGGCACACAGGCUGCACCCUUUGGACCCCCUUCAACAAGAGGCACAUUCUGGGCCAAAUGUUUGUCUCGACUAAUUACAUCUGCUUCACUAGCAAAGAGGAGACCCUGUGUAGCCUCAUCAUUCCGCUCAGAGAGGUGACAAUAGUGGAGAAGGCUGACAGUUCAAAUGUGUUGCCCAGUCCUUUGUCCAUCAGCACCAAAAACAGAAUGACAUUCCUCUUCGCCAACCUCAAAGACCGGGAUUUCCUUGUCCAGAGGAUUUCUGACUUCCUGCAACAAACCACCUCGAAGAUCUGUUUUGAGAGGGAACUCACUGGGAGCUGCAGCAGUUCAGAUGAUGAGGUGUAUUCAAGGCAGAGUAGCCUCCUUUCCUCCAGCCCUCAGCGGAGUCUGGGCUCAGAGGCCGAUGGGGAGCGCCAGUUCAACCUGAACGACAACAGCGUCCCGACAGCCACGCAGGCACUGAUGACAAUGUACCGCAGAAAGUCACCUGAAGAAUUUAACCCCAAAUUGGCAAAAGAGUUUUUGAAAGAACAGGCCUGGAAGAACCAUUUUGCAGAGUAUGGCCAGGGUGUGUGCAUGUAUCGGACAGAGAAGACCAAAGAGCUUGUACUGAAAGGCAUUCCGGAGAACAUGAGGGGAGAUCUUUGGCUUCUCUUCUCAGGUGCUAUCAAUGAGAUGGCCACCCACCCUGGUUAUUACGAAGAUCUGGUAGAGAAGUCAAUGGGCAAGUAUAACCUGGCCACAGAGGAGAUAGAGAGAGACCUGCACCGCUCGCUUCCUGAGCACCCCGCCUUCCAGAACGAAAUGGGGAUCGCUGCCUUGAGACGGGUGCUAACGGCGUACGCUUUCAGGAACCCCAACAUUGGAUAUUGUCAGGCCAUGAAUAUCGUGACCUCUGUGCUGCUGCUGUAUGCAAAAGAGGAGGAGGCCUUCUGGCUGCUUGUGGCUCUUUGUGAAAGGAUGCUGCCAGACUACUACAACACAAGGGUUGUUGGUGCGCUGGUGGAUCAGGGUGUGUUUGAGGAGCUGGCCCGCGAGUAUGUGCCCCAGCUGUACGACUGCAUGCAGGACCUGGGCGUGAUCUCCACCAUCUCCCUGUCCUGGUUCCUCACAAUGUUCCUCAGCGUCAUGCCCUUCGAGAGUGCCGUGGUGGUGGUGGAUUGCUUCUUCUGCGAGGGGAUCAAAGUCAUCUUCCAGCUGGCCCUCGCUGUGCUCGACUCCAACAUAGACAAGCUGCUCAACUGCAAGGACGACGGGGAGGCCAUGACUGUUUUGGGAAGGUAUCUGGACAGUGUGACUAACAAGGACAGCACAUUGCCGCCGAUCCCUCACCUGCACUCCCUUCUUACUGACGAUGGGGAGCCACACCCUGAAGUUGACAUCUUCAAGCUCGUGAGGAGUUCAUACGAGAAAUUUGGGACCAUCAGGGCAGAUGUAAUUGAACAGAUGCGAUUUAAACAGAGGCUGAGGGUGAUCCAGACAAUUGAAGACACCACAAAACGCAACGUGGUACGAACUAUUGUGACUGAAACAGCAUUCAGUAUCGAUGAGCUUGAAGAACUGUAUGUCCUCUUCAAGGCUGAACAUUUGACAAGCUGCUACUGGGGCGGAAACAGCAAUCCUACAGACAGACACGACCCCAGCCUGCCCUACCUGGAGCAGUACCGCAUUGACUUGGUGCAGUUUAAGGGUCUCUUCGGACUGCUCUUCCCAUGGGCCUGUGGGGUGCACUCCGACUCGCUCGCAGUGCGCUUCUUCAGAGUCCUGGACCAGAACGGCGACUCCUUCAUCAACUUCAGAGAGUUUGUCACCGGUUUAAGUGUGUUGUGUCACGGAGAUCUGACUGAAAAACUAAAGCUAUUGUAUAAAAUGCACGUACUGACUGAGCCAGCCCCUGAACAUGAGGAACCUGAUUCUGCUUUUGAAGCAACUCAGUAUUUCUUUGAAGAUCUCACACCAGAGACUUCGCACGGACUUGAUUCCAGAUCUAAGAAUGAUAAAGAUGAUGGUUUUGUAACCGUCACCUUCAAAACAGAGAAAGUUAAAAAGACACACACCCCGGACUACCGGACUUACUUAAAAUUAUGGAAUCAAGAGGCUAAGUCCAAAAUAGAAAAUAUGAAGGAGCUGCCUAAACUAAACCAGGAGCAGUUUAUUGAACUGUGCAAGACCCUGUACAACAUGUUCAGUGAGGACCCCAAUGAGCAGGAGCUGUAUCAUGCAACUGCCACCGUCACCAGCCUGCUGCUGGAGAUCGGCGAGGUGGGCAAACUGUUCUGCAUCCCUGCAGACAAGACACACCCCCCGCUGUGCCCGACUAAAGAGAACCCUCACAACCAGCAGACUGAGCAAAGAGACGUCUUCAUCCCUGGCGAGCAGAGAGAUGCCUUCAUCCCUGGCCUGGCUGUAGAGGAAAGAUCGGAAUCGAAGCUUUGCAGCGGCAGUGAGCAGCCUCUGUGCUCCCAGAUGGAGGACAUUAAACUCGAGGACUUGUCCCCGAAGGAUAACGGCAUGUCUUCAGCCAUGCUCAUCUCGGACGACGAGACCAAGGACGAUACCUCCGUGUCCUCUUACUCGGUGCUGAGUGCCGGCUCUCAUGACCUGGACGAGAAGCUGCAGUGCGAGGACAUUGCUGACGACACUGUGCUGGUGCGCAGCGGCCACGGCAGCUCCCUGCCCCACAGCACUAGCAUCGACAAGGACUGGGCUAUCACCUUCGAGCAGUUCCUAGCUUCCCUGCUGACGGAACAAGCCUUAGUCUUUUACUUUGAGAAGCCUGUGGCCGUCACGACUCGAAUCACCAAUGCCAAGAACAUUCGGAAAGUUGGGAAGCAGGUCUCGUCCGCUAGCGACUAUGAGAUCUCUACCCUCUCUGGUUAAAAGAUAAUCAUAUGCUUGGUAAAAGGAAAUGACUGUCCUUUUCUAAAUAGAUAUGAAUAUGACACAAAUGCACAUACAGGCACUGGUAUUUUCAUGUAAGUGGGCCAUGUUUUGUUUCACCUGCUGUAAGACAACUGAAAUCCUGGAUGUCGGUUAUUGUAUUGAAACUGAGAAACUGUUUUAUUUAUAGGCUAUAUAGACGUUUGACACUAUUUUAUUAAGUGCAAAAAAGGCAGUUGUAUUGUCUGACUGUUAACAAAUGUUUGUCCAAUUUUAAGAGAUGCUCUUGCCCAGGUAGAAAAAAGGUAAUAGAGGGUUAAUGUUUAUCUUUGGAGAGAAGGAAAUGCCAUCAGUUAAAAAUCUUUAUUAUCUAUACUAUACAAAAUCAGCUUGCUGUACUUUAUGGAGUAAUGUACAUUACUAAUAACCUCUUAGAUCAUGUAAGGCAAUGUAUUCUUAUGUAGUGAUCUACACCUGUUCUCCUAGAAGCAGAUUAACCCUAACGUAUGUUUAGGACUGUAUCAAAUCUGAAUUGUACUUCUGUGUUUUGACUACAUACUGUACCCGAUGUGUCACUUUAUAUAGCUCUACUGUAUUAGCAGUCUAUUGAAAUUAUGCUACGGAAUUGACUUCUGGAGCACCUGCACUUUGAUUCACUGAUUGCUUUGUUUUCAGAAAAUCUUUGUUUCUUUGUCCACACUGGGACUGUUCUCCUGCUUGUUAUUACAGAAUCACACCUGAUAUUGGAACACUGUACACACAAAUAACUGGCCUUUUUUUAUCAUUGUUAUUAUUUAGAUUGUUUUUAUGUUGUUGCUGUAGUACUAAAGCUGCUGUUUUUAGGUUUUAUUUUUUAAAUGUUGUUAGUGGUGAAGCCACGCAAAUAAGAAUGUUGAAUAAACAACUCCCAAAUCCACAGGAAUGUUUGACAGUUUAU